CGGAGUAGCAGUGUUGUGGAGAGAGUCCAAUCGAAACACAUAUUUCUUGUGGCCAAGAAUGUCCUGGAGAUUUGCUUGACAGUCUAGUGAAGGCUCUCUGGAUUCCAAAUUUGGUCAUUUUCCACCAGUGUAACCAAAACAUUGCGAUGAGGUAUCUUUAAACAACACUGAAUCAACGUAACCUCUGCCAAGAACCACAUUAAAAACACUCGUGGGACCUCUGCUUAUUUAUCAUAAGAGAAGCAGGAACCCAAGUGCCCUUUUCUUCUACUCACAAUGGCUAAAGGAAGCGCCUUCAUGAGACGACUAUGCAUUGUUCUUAAUAUUCUGCUCGGGUUCUUAGGAGUGGUCUUGCUUCUGGUCGGGAUAGUGGCAAGCACUUUUAAGAUUGAACCACUGAUAAGUGGUUAUUACUGGCAAGAUGGGACUCAGAGUGUGCUCUUCAGCAUUGGAUUUGGAUUGGCUACCAUCCUGCUCUCCAUCCUAGGAGUAUAUGGAGCAUACCAGGAGCAUGUCUUAGCUCUCCUUUUGUACAGUAUUUUCAUGACUAUUGAAUUCAUUGCCCUCUUGGCCCUGACAAUCAUAGCCAUACUCGCACAGCCACAGGUAGAGAAGAAAAUUGAAGAGAGUUUUGCAAACAUGACAUCUCUUUAUAAUACUGAUCAAGUUUUCCAUCGUGAGCUCAACAAACUACAACAGGAGGCUGAGUGCUGUGGUCUGAUACAUUACACUGACUGGAGAGAUCAGAUACCUUCUUCAUGUGACUGUCCUCAAAACUACUCAGACAAACAAGCCAGAUGUGCAAAAGUCAUUGUCAAUGCGCAAAAUUAUAGAAGUAGCGAGGUGAACAAAAAUGCUGGCACUGACCCGAUGACAGUUCAGAGUCCAGUGCACUAUGUUCAUAAGAUGAAUUGCAGCCCAAUCUUAAUGAGUCAUGUGAAGAACACGUUGAGAAUACUGUUUGGAAUAGUUUUUACCUUAGCAACCAUUAUGCUGGCUUCUGUGAUUGUGGCCUUGCUCCUGUGGAAUAAUAUCAACACACGGUCGUCAGUCACAGGCAUCUCACACGAUGAUGACAGAAUGAAGUAUGAACUCCAGCCACACAAAAUGGCCUGAUAUGAUUGUCAUCCUUAAUAUAUCUUGGGCCCUCAUCAGGAGAAAGCUGUAUAACCUCAAGAAGAUGUCUUUCUAUAUAUGUUUCCAGUACCGUAUCACUUAUCUGUAGGUUAAUUCAAGCCUCGUGUUCUAUUCGCUAGCUAGCAAUGGAUGCCUCAUAUCUACUGGCUUUAUGACAGUACAGUUGUAAUGUGUAUUUAUUUUUACCAAAUAUGUCUUUUAUGUGCUCACAUGAUUGAAAUCCUCCUAAUAGCAGGCCAAUGUGCAAAUCAGAGAGGAAAGCAAUAAAAUAAAAGGCAAUAAAAGAAAAGGGAUACGCUCUAGAAUAUGAGUUUAACUAUUUAAAAUUGAUUCUGAAGGUUAAUUAGAAACAUAAAGCAAAUUUCAAAUUUUUUAAUUGUUCCAUUUUAAGUCAAAUUGUCAACAAGUCACCUUAUACAGUAGAAUAGAACAUAAAGGUUAAAGAUAACCGGAUAAGGACUUGUUGUCAUUAGUAUUGCUGGUAAAUAAUGUUUUAUUGUUCAGGGCAGCUAGUUUUAUUUCCAUAAUUAGUUCCAUCGUUGUACCUUCUAGCAUAAGAGUAACAUGAGCUUAAUGUUCUAAGCCCUAAAUGUUCGCAAGACUAAUAAUUAUAGAAAGAUUAUUUAACCAGCAAUGAUAACAAGGGGAAAAAAUAAAUUCACCUACAUUUUAAAGGAAACGUUAUUUCAUUAUAAACAAAUAUUUCAUUAUAAACAUUAUAUAUGUUUAUAAUGAAAUAUUUGUGAUGUGUUAGUGAUACAAAGAGUACUUCGCAAAGAGAUGUCAGGCAUGAUGGCUUUGAUGGAGGAUGGCACUAUUAGCAUGAAAAUUGAAGUCUUGUUACCUGAACCAUUUGAGGCAAUUUAUACAAAUGAGGAGAUGAGCGAGCUGAACAGACAGAAGACUAAAGCACUGCUGCACUAGUCUCACUAUCAGUAGACAGUCAAAUGGCAUUGUGGGUAACACAGACAACCGUUAACCAAAGUGAAAAUAGACCAACAUAUCCAUUAAAGAAGUUUUAAUCAAGCCAACUGAGAAUUACAUUCUAAAAUAAAUACUGAACUAUAUUGAAAUCUGGAAUUAAUUAUAAAGUUGGAUAUGCAAGACAUUUAGGGUGUUUUUUUUCUUUAAUAGUCAUAGUCUCCUCAGUCUGCUUAUUAAUAUAGUCUGAUUUAUAUAAUAAUAGCCACAUAAUUUAAUUAAUUCAUUUAUUACAGUACAUUGUCUUUUACAAAAUACAUAUAAAAUACAGCUCAUAAAAAAAAACAUGUUUAUAGACAACAGGAGAAAACCUUUUUUCUGGCACAAAAAGUAGUUAAAUUAUUAUAUCAAUAAAACUAUAACAUAAAUCCUAACAUUUAUUGGACUUGGUCCAUAUAUUCAUUGGCUUAAGGUUUUGCUAAAUAUUCUACUGAUAUUCUUUAAAAUAUUCUUUUAAACUUCUCUAUUUUCUGUCAUUAUUAAUGAUUAAAUAAUAUAUAUUAUAUAGAGGCAUAAAGUACAUUAUUUAUUUAUUUAUUUUCAUCUAUCAGCAAGAGGCUACCUUAUUUAAAUUAAAUUUUAGACUACAGAUUUGGUCAUGUGAAAUGUUCAACAGUUUGAAGAAACUGGUCGAAGGAGAAGAAAUUCUGAGAACUCAAUAUAAUGCUUUAAUUUCCCCAAGUCUGCAUCUUUUCUUUAUCAUAUUUUCGAUCACAAUUUGAAAAUGAUUGUUAAUAACUCAUGGAAAAUGUGCUCAUUCACUAGUAAGUAACAUGUAUGAAGGUCUCUGGUGAACAGAUCUGAAUUAUUUGACCAUUUUGGAUACUUUUACCAAAUAUGGAAAAGUUUGGAAGGAAUGUCAUCUGUGGGAUCAGCUGGACAGGAAAAUAAAGUUUGAUGUUAUUUUGUUUAAAAGUUCAGUUUAAACAGGACAGAUUGUAAAGUAGAAAUAGCCUUUAUGAUUACUAUUACAACGCCUGUGUCCCAAACAGAGUGUUUUUAAAUAAAUGCUACUUUGUACUAUUGAUUUCCUGACACUGUUUAAGAGAUACAUUAGCUACUAUUAAGGGAAAUAAAUAACAACUGCUGUCACUAUUCUAUUUUAAUUACUGACUUUCAGGGAAAAAAUGUUAUUGAUAUUAAACUGUACACACAUAUAUAUAUAUGAAUACUUUUAUAAAGAGUUGAGUUAAACUUUGUGCUUUUUGUCUGGUACUGAAUUCUGUUCAAAUGCAGUGUAAAAGCACCAAAGGGCAUAAUACUGUACAAUUUGUCUAUGUAUCAAAACUUUUUUUUUUUUUUUUUUCAAACAGAGCAUAUGAUAUGAAGUUGCUGAAGUAUAUAAAAAGUAAACCCAUGUGGGUUGUGCUGGUUCAUUAUUCAA